CUAUUAUUGUUGCUGAGCUAAUACAGAAACAUUUGGGUGGGGGGUGAUGUGUCCGUUGUAACCCGGUUACAAUGCGAUGUUAACAGCUGACGCGCAGAGAACGAGCACCACGUGAAGGACCACAUGAAAAGGUGCAUUCACUUUAGGUCCAUUAAAAUAGGAGCGAGCAUCAAUAUUCAGAGAGCCGGGCUACUUUCGCAGAUUUCUCAGCGAUGGCUUGGAGAGGAGAGAGAACACGGUCGUUUUAUCGACCAAACCUUUCUUUAAACUAAGGCUGGUAUUGUUUCUGACCUGAGGACUCGGCGAAAUAGAAAAGAUGACCUGGAUGGUGCCAUGUGAAUGACUGAAGACCAUGAAGCACACACAUAAGCUGCUGUUCAUCCUGUGCCCCAUGCUGGUCCUGGGCUUUAUUUACUACUCCUCUGGGAAGCUACAUCUACAUGUAUGGGGCCAGAAGCCUCAGGGUGAUGCAGGAGAGACAGCUGUAGUCCUGACUAAAGGGGCUGAAGUGAAAAGAAUUCCAGAGUUGGAAACGGAAAUCACCGUGGGACGAAUAGUAGGCUCAGUGUAUGAUAAGCAGGGCUUUCUGCUCCAGCUGGACACAAAAUUGCCACCAGAGUUGACAUAUAAGUACGGCAACCUCAGUGAAGGAGUUUGCAAGCCGGGAUUCGCAGCAGCCAAGAUGACCACCAUCUAUCCCAAGUUCAUGAAACCAGCACCCAUGUUUCUUGAUCGGAACUUCAAACGUCUAGCAAAAGUGAGCAAUUACUUACCCCCAUUUGGAUUCAAAACACAAGAGAGAAUCAUAGACAGCAUUCUAACUGCCACAAAAAAUUAUGGACUUAGAGAGGAGCUGGACAGUCUCGGCUGUAAAAGGUGCAUCAUUGUGGGCAACGGGGGAAUCCUGUCCAACAAGUCUCUUGGUUCCCGAAUAGAUGACUACGAUGUUGUGGUGAGGUUGAAUGAAGCCCCAGUAAGUGGUUAUGGCAAAGACGUGGGGACCAAAACCACCAUGAGGAUUACAUAUCCAGAGGGAGCUAUCCAGAAGCCUGAACACUAUGAAAAAGACUCACUUUUUGUUUUUUCCGCUUUCAAACCUCUGGAUUUCAAGUGGCUCAGACAGAUGGUCUUCAAGGAGAAACUGAGGGGCACAGAUGGUUUUUGGAAGUCAGUGGCUCACUACGUGCCUCGGGAGCCAGCGGACAUAAGAAUCCUAAAUCCCUACUUCAUCCAGGAGGCUGCCUUCCAGUUCAUAGGCCUGCCCUUCAACAACGGCCUAAUGGGCAAAGGGAACAUUCCAACUUUGGGAACAGUUGCUAUAACGAUGGCACUCCAUAACUGUGAUGAGGUGGCAGUGGCUGGUUUCGGCUACGACAUGAACACGCCCCAUGCACCUCUGCACUACUACGAGACUGUCAAGAUGUCCGCCAUUAAAGAGUCGUGGACACACAAUAUAUCCAAGGAGAAGGAAUUCCUCCGCAAGCUGGUGAAGGCCAACGUCAUCACAGACCUGACCAAUGGUAUCUGACUUUACACCUACCCACAGUCUCCUUCUGCCUUUCCCACAGGACUACUAAAUAGAAAGUGGAGAAACAGCUCAACUCUGGGAGAAAGAACCCUUAGAAUGUGGGUGGCCUGCUCACCGUCUGGGUUUUCAUAUCAAAGGAGAUUAUUUAAAAGAAAAAGAUACAGGAGGGUUUCUGUGGAGUGAUGCACACAUGUGCCUUCUGAACCAAAGACUCUUGCUGACUGAACCCGAGGGGGUGUAUGGAUGCUGGUGGCAUGAGGAGUUUACCACUUCACCUGCCCCCCCGCCCCACUACCGAGUAUCACACUAAUGAAUAUUAAGAGCAGAGGUGACAUACAUAUUGACAUGCAGAUGUCGGGAUUUAGACUUUCUGGCUAACUUGAUGAAUGGACAGAAGAGAAAUGAAUGAAUUGAGGACUGUUACAGAGCGUGUGCGGGGAUGGGUUGAGUAUUAGCAGUGCCAAAUGUACCUCGUACAGGGGGAGAGGUCAUCCUCCUCUCCCUUUGCUGCCUGAAUGUAUUCACUUUCUUCGGUGUAAAUAUCAAAGAUUUUUACUGUGCUUUUUAAUAAGCUGCAGCAACCCCCCCUCCCCAUCCCCCACUGUCAUUUGUCCAUUCAGUCAUUCAUUUUUUUACUCUCUGUUCAGCAUUAACACUUGCCAAACCAGAUGACAGUAGAUAAUCAACGAAGGUCACCCUGUCACUCUGAGAUACUAACAUUCAAGUGUGUUAGCCGUGUACAGACUUGAGUUUUUGCAUUUUUCCCAGUAAAGCCUUUUGUCUGAAAGGGAAUACUGUUAAUGACUCUAUAAACUGGAUUCUUCCUGUUUGUAAAACUGGCUCUACACAGAGUGGUCGUUUGUGUUUUUCUGAUGUUUGGAUGAUUAGUUAUCCCCAUGUGACUAAGAGGUCACCAAAAAGAAAAACAACAAAUAAAGAUCAAUACCGAUAAAUUAUAUAAAAGUCUUCUUCAAAUUUUCCAGUGAAACUCUAAAUUUGUUUGUUUUUCAAUAAUGAGUUUAGUUGUGUAAGAUUGUCUUCACAAAUAUCAUUGAAAGCAUGUAUCAGGUAAAAUGUGUAUUAGUUUCUUUGGUCGGUCUUAAUCACUUUUGUGGGACUUUGUUUAGUUUACCAGCUGACAGGUGAGCCCAAAAGUUAAAUGUCUCUUUCUCUUCCUGUAUCUUUGUGAAUUCUUCCUCCUGUCCAGUCAUUCAUGUUACGGUACUGCAUUUAUCACUUCAUCGGCUGUAAGCCUCCAGGCUGCAGCGCAGACAUACAGUAACGUGUCCUGCCCUGGCCAGCGCUUUCUGUAUGUCGGAUCCCUUUUCCAACUUCCUGUUGCUGCAGAUUUUCUUGUUCUUCACUAAAUGAUGAAAUCUCGGAUUGUAGAAUAUAAAUAUAUAUAAAUAUAUAUAUUUGUUUUAGGUGAAUUUUAAUUAUUUAUUUUGUUACAAAGUUACCCAGCAUUUUGGUCACAGGCAGGCCUGCUUCCUGUUCAGAGAAAAUGAAAAAGUUUGUGUUUCUUUCAUAUCCACCAUAACGCGCUUCCUCAGAGACUGCAUCAUCUUUUAGACAGAAGCAUUAUUGUGACCGAAUCAUUGAUAAAUAUGUUCUAAAAUUUGCUUGGUGUUAAAUGUUGUUAGUUGGCAGCCCUUUACGUCUGUGCUUCAUGCAGGUUAUGUUAAGACAAUACGUGUCCUCCUUUGUCACAAUGGACUUAUAGUAUUUUUUUUUCUUUUUUCUUCAAACUGGGAGAAAAUCUAAUGAGGUGAUAAUAGCCAUGCUUGAUCUCAGAUUCGCAUUACAUGUGCUGAUCGGGCCUUUGCAGAUGGAGGUUCUGCCUCAUGCUUUUCAGUAUUUCAACACUGCAUUGACAUGGACAGUGUUCAGUAUUACACAGCCAAACCUUUCUCUUCUCCCACUUCUUCCCAGAAGUCAGGAUGUCACAUCAGUCUGCUUUUUGUCAUUUUAUCAAAUGAAUGCGUUAAUCGGCUUUAUAUAGUGAUGGUGCAUUUAAAUCCUGCAGGGUUUUGUUUUUUGUUGUUUAUUUUUUUUAAAAAAAAUAUUGUCAGAUCAUUUCAGUGGGAUUUUCUUUCCUAUUUUCCAUAAUGUACUUCUUUGGAAGUGCAUAUUUGCUGUUCAUUGCACACAAACACAUGUACAUACGCAUACACACAAAUUCACUUUCAUUACUCUGAAAGAGAGAGAGCAACGAUACAGGAAACAGCUGACCAUUGCACUAUCAUGAGGCGCUCUCAGUGCCUUACAUCUCAUCACCUGCAGUUUGACACUGGAAAGUAACUGCAGCUUGAUCCAGUAUGAGAGAUCAGCUCCAGGUCAGCACAGGUCGCUUCUCAUGUCUGUGAUUUGGGACCAGUCCAUUUUAUUUGCUUUAUAUACAGGCUUAGAAGAGCUGAAGCACCAUACUGGUGGUUUUGUAUGUUUAAGUCCGUAAACUACAUAUUUACAAGUAUAUUUAAGUGCUUAUUGUUUUAAUGCAAGAAAUGACUGAAGUCGCGUCUUUGUUUGAUUCUGCAAUAUUGUUUGUUCGUACUAUAGUCUUUGUCAGAUUAAUAUUAAAGAGGCUUUUGAGCAGUUUUACACAUUAAGUUCAGUCUGUUUGUCACAAGUAGUACAACUACAACAAUGGGAAUUAAAAAGUCAGGAGGCCUUGCUCUCUGCUGCUAAGGUUUUAAUCACUCUUUUUUAAUCUGUCUCUUCACACCCCUAACUUUAUGGAAGUGCAGUCCUAAAUCUCUGGAAUACCUCUCUAAUGCUUGAAUGUUGCAACGUCCUUUGAGCGUUUGAAAGUGAUCCCCAGAUGACUUGACUGAUUGUGCUGGAGGAAGAUUAUCAUAGGGUACUGAAAUCAUUUGAAUCCAGCUGCUGCUUGGGAGGGAGAAAAAAUAAUUUGUGUACUGUAUGUUUGGGAAAAUGGUUAUUAAUGAUGUAAAAUAUGUGCAAUCUGUAGUUGUUAAAAUGAAACACGCCAAACCACCAGUAUAGUCUUUAAAGUUUUGAGAUUAAGCAGAUCCUGCGCUGGGGUGAAUUCUUUGUCUGUUUUUUUUUUUUCUUAAUUUUUCUUCCAGGUUUUGAAUUUUUCUGAAUGCUGAAGGAGUUCAAAUGGAUUGGACCCAAAUCGCCUCUUCUGGUACCCUGUUCAUUUUAAAGCCGAAUGUAUUUGCUUAAAUCAUUCAUCAUAUUUAUAAACCUUUAUAACUUUUAAUUUUUUUUUUAACAUUUCGACAUCAUCAGUGUGAAGUCAAGGCGAUCAAAAGUGUUACUGUUUCUUUUUUACAUACAGUUCUUUCUGCAACUCAAUAAAUAAGUUUGCAAUGGAUAUUUGCCUGUACAUGUUGUUUGCAUAUUUUGACUGCUUCUGUGGAGCAACUAAAUUUAUUUUUCCCAAACA